GGAGUGAUCUCAAAUCCUGACUACACCCAGCCAGCCGCAGCCGCAACCGUACUUGUGCCCCGGCUUUCUUUGCCGCCCCAGCGCAUCCGAGUUGUGGUGGCUUUCAUCCGAGGCUCCCGAAUCGUUCUCCUUUCGGCCUUGGUAUAUUGCUCGUGCCUCCUCGGCCAUUUUGUAUCCUUGCUUUGUCUUUAUUCAACAUGUCUUGGCAAAACUACGUGGAAAACCUGAUGGCCGAUGGCAGCUGUCAGGACAGCGCCAUUGUUGGCUAUUUGGACGCCAAAUACGUUUGGGCAGCACAUGACGGUGGGACUUUCAACAAUAUCACGUCCCAAGAAAUUGACGUUCUGGUCGGCAAAGACAGAGAGACCUUUUAUACCUGCGGUCUCACCCUGGGCUCAAAGAAGUGUUCGGUGCUCAGAGACAGCCUCCAGGAUGAGGGCGACUGGACAAUGGACAUGAGGACAAAGAGCCAAGGAGGAGAACCCACAUAUAACAUCUCUGUGGGACGAGCUGGGCAAGUUUUGGUUCUUGUAAUGGGAAAAGAAGGGGUCCAUGGAGGCGGAUUGAAUAAGAAGGCUUACUCAAUGGCAAAAUACUUGCGGGAUUCGGGCUUUUAAUGUUUCCCAGGCUCAUUUAGGUAAAAAUUUGAGGGACAUAAAGAAGAGAAAAUAAAUAUUGCUGUUAAGAUUUCUCCUGCAAGCUGUCAAAUGUCAUGGAAACCUUUAUAGCAUUGAAGAGCGGUAAGAUCCUGACACCUGGACCUCCCCCUCCGUCACCUGGGGCGAGGACAGUUCUGUUGUGUUCAUUUUCUCUCUGUUUUUUUCCCCCCUUAUGUGCCCCAGUAUUGGUUAUUGUCAUGGGAAAGGAGGCAAUCCAUGGUGGAAAUCUUAACAAGAAAGCACAUAAAAUGGCGGAUUACCUGAGGAAGGUUGGAUAUUAAGCAACCUCACCAUCCAUCCACCUUAACAGCUCACCACAUACUUCCAGGAUUAAAGGGCAAAAACGUUUCUUUCAUCCCCUUCUGUUUUAUACGCAGCCACAUUUUGUUUUCCACCACCCUUAUGAGAUAAACAUUUGUUGACACUACUGUUUGACACUACAGCAAUGGCAUGAUCACUGAAAUUGUUUAAAUGUUUAUAAACCAAAGGAGUGGAGAAAAAAAUAACCACAAAGUGUAAUAAAAAUUGAAAUUGCCUUGUAUGACAUCUGCUUUGCUCGUUGCUAAUUUAAAAAGAGAAAAAGGCAUUUCCCCAUCCUAUUCCUCAGCAUGUCGGCAUUGUUGCAUGCAUAUUUGCUUUUCUUCUGGUUCCCCUGGCCCAUCACCCGUCUCCCAGCCAAAACAUAUUUUCAUCUUCCUCCAAUAAAAACAGUUUGCGCUGACUUAAGCUUGUUACUGUGUAUACAUUUGCCACUCAUCCCUUUUUUUUUUACCUAGCAUCACAUCACAUGCUUAUAUGUCUUGUACCUGGAUGUGGUCUUGAAAAGAUGUGAUGCUGGUUUCUUGUUUCAGUGUAGUCCAAAGACAGCGUUUUGAUACUUCCAAAUCAUUCUUCUGGAAAGCUGUCUUGAGUCUUUAUUUCAUAUCCUUGAUUUGUAGUCGAAGGUCCAUGCACUAGUAAGAUAUUGGUGAAUGUUCGAAUGGCUGUCCAGCCAAGUGAUCUCUUAGCCUAUAUGCUACCAGUGCACUGAAUUGUGAGGGAAAACUAGUCUACUGCAAAUAAAUGCUCAAAAUGUCGUGAUGCCAAACAGUUGCUGCAUUUAUUUGAGAUCCUUAAUAUCCAGCCCAAGGUACAUGUACGAAUGCUCUUUGUCCUCACUUGUUGGACAACUACAGACGAAUAGUGAAGCAAAAAUGCACAUGAGAUGUCAACUGUUACUCGUAGCGGCAUUCACUUGUCAACAACACAUUUUUUCCUAGCCAGUAAUAUUGUUUUUUGACUAGUAUGUCCCAGGCGUACAGCUAGUGAAGACAAGGAGUACUAGUAUAUGAAUGGUAAGCUGGAGUCAAAUUGAACAAAGCCACAUCAGCAUUUAUUUGAGAUUUGUUGGUACCUCGCAUAAGUUCCCAGUAGUGGGCCCCAAAGUAGCACAAGUUGUGGAACGAGGAGAAUUGAGACGAGUUGUAGUAGUGCAUGCGAGUCAUUGUACAAGUGUUGUUGCACCUCUACAAAUUGUCUAACUGGAAAUGACAAAACGUUGUACUAGUACACGGACCUCAGGUUGGAUGUCAAGGAUAUUGAAUAAAUUCUCAAACUGCUUUCCAUCCAUGGUGGAGUCUGCUCAUUCCACCCCUGACAGCUCACAUAUAUCAGUCAACCCGUGCAAUUUGUCCUAUUGGCUGUUAAUUGGCACCCCCCUUCCGCGUCCUCCUUCCCCAUUUGUUCCCACCUUGGACCAAUCAUUGUACAAGGUUAUGUUCACCUCCAUUCUGAUAGAUGAUUGUUGGCAUCACUUGUUGACUGUAAUAAAAAUAAAACCAUAGGCGGCUUCAGAAAGUUGUAAAAUUGUAAUGGCGCCUUUUUUUUCUUUAUAAGACUUUGACACUACUUUAAAUUUGUCAACACUACUAGACUUUGUUUUUCAUUUUUGACUAACUUCAUUAACUACUGAAACUACAUGAAUGCAUAUUGACUGUAAACCAAGGGUGUCGGCUUCGGACACCUUGUCAUUAAUUGCAUUGUGCUUUAGUCAUCCAAGAUGUAUUCACAAAUUGUCAUCGUAUGGUACUUAGAAGUAUUAUAGCUUAAAAAAAAGAAUAAAAAACAAUGCUGUGUACACUAAACUUAAUGAAAGUGGUGUUGGUUGGAAUAAGAACAUUUGUAAGGUGUCUUGUGAUAAACUUCCAAGAAUUGUGUAUUCGGUGCCAUAAAAAACAACCUCAUGUGUUGCUACUAGUUGGAUUUUUACCUGCUGCCCUGGCAAAAUAUAACUUAAUGGCACUUUCUGAAGGGACAUUUUGGCAUCAGUCAUCUCCAGACUUUGUGGAAUAUGUACAGAAUUAAACGAGAGAGAAAAAUG